GGGAAGAGCAACCGUAGCCGGCGGUGGAUCCCCCGUGAACCAUUAUCAUGCAUAUAUAUACAUAUAUAUCGAAAAUCUAGCUAGACAGUAUAAUUAACAUACUAAUAUCAUCGCUCUUCCACUAAAAAUAGUAGCAUGGAAGCCUUGUGGAAUUUAGAAGACAAAUGGAAGCUAACAACCCAACAAGCAGAACUCAUUCUAAUUGCAUUCACUGCCUUUGCUGUUAUUGGCCUAUGUACAGUCACCGUGCUAAAAAGGAAAGCUCAAAGCAAGCAAACAGUUGAUCCAGCUGGUUCAGAUCAUAGCUCCUUUAACUCUAGUAAGUGGGUGAGAAUAAGGAGGUUGUUGAUAGGGUGGGUGAGGUGGAGUGAAGCAAACAAAUGGGGGGAGGCAAGUGGUGGGAAGUCAAGACGGCGGCGGUCACCACUUCUUGGGUUUGAAGAGGAUGAGUCACCAUCUAGUUUGGGAUGGCAAAGCCAUAACUCAGCUUCACCGGUAUGGCAGAGGCCAAUACUUAUGGGGGAGAAAUGUGAACUUCCAAGGUUUAGUGGACUUAUUCUUUACGAUGAAAGUGGUCACUUGCUUCAUCAUUCUCUCUCAUCUUCGCGCAUGGAAAACAUUGACCAGGGAAAGCCAGCUGCUGUUAUCAAAACUACUCUGAGAGACUUGCUGUAAUUUGAUUUAUUUGGAUUUUUUUUUUUUCGUUUCAAAUUAAGUAGGAGCUAGUAAGAGAGUGGAGUUUUGGCUGAAGAAUAUCUUUACAGUUUUUACUCUGCAGUAAGAACCCCAAUGUGAAUAGUAAUUGAUAAUUAGAUGAUCAUAGUUUGCAUUAAUUAGUU